GUAUUGGCUGAUUAUGACGAAUCCGAGUUGAAUAAGAUCACGUUUCCAUCUGUUCCUGAAUGUCUGGUAUCGUCGCUCCAGUUUGUUAUUGUUGAUUUCGAAGCCCCAAUCUCAGGAGAUGCUUCAGAAAUGGAGCUGGUGAAGUACUUCCUAAAGAAUUCAGCGAUCCUUAAGAAACUCACUCUAUGUGUGAACCAUGGUUCGAUAGACUCUGGCAUCUUCAAGGAGCUCCUCAAAAUCCCAAGACGAUCUGCUACGUGUCGAGUUGUCAUACGUCUUGUCUCACCUCAUGGAUUGAUGUUGUGA